AUGGAAGUGCUAGAAAAGAAGUGGGACCAGUCCUCCUUUAGUGAUCCAACUCUUCCCUCAUCUCUAAGAGCUCUCAUUGACAUCAGUCUCACCACAGUGUGUGCUGCAAGACGUGAUGGGGGCUUCAACUGUAACUGUCUACCAGGACAUGGAUGGAAUGCUAGCAUCUGCUCCCAUCACAGUCCCUGCCAUGGCUCAUAUAAUUUCCGCUCCUGUGAUUGCAUCAUCUUCGAUCAUCCUAACACUGGGUACUGCCAGUUGCUGCCACCUGCCCCUGGCAACCUGAGCCUGAAUUCAGCACUGCCCAGUCCUGGCAGCACCCUCAUCCUGGCCAUCCUCCUUAGCCACGAGGCCACUGAGCUGAAGUGGUACCUGUGGCCAGUGGGGAACCAGAUCCCAGUGAGACUGCAAGCUGGAACUCAGGUGUCCCUCAGUGCCAAGAAGGGCCAGGCUGUCCUCACCAUCACCAAUAUCUCCCAGGAUUGGGCAGGCCAGUAUGUGUGUCGAUUUGUGUCCUGGGGUUUCCAAUGGGAGCUGCGUCGUGUGGUGGAAGUGCCCCUGCAGGCCAGUGAUGUGCUUCGAUUCCCACGACAGCUCUCUAUUCCCUGCAAUGCCUUUUCUGGCUUCCAGUUGAGCUGCUGCAUCCCUAACACAAAUUUGAUCUAUGCGGCCUCCUGGAGCCCCACCUACCUAUCUGGUACCACAGCACUCUUAUCCAAGACUUCUGGGAUACAAUGUCUUACUCUAGUUGUGCCAAGCUGCCCUAAGAAUGAUACCGAGUACACUUGUAAGCUUCAGAGCCCCGGACUGGACCCCGUGAGCAUCCCUAUCUCCGUCUCCAUUAUCCAGGAUCAAGACACUACUUGUCCCCAGGACUCUUUGGGUGGUGACUGGAAUGUCACUAAAGCUGGACACAUGGCCCAGAUCCCGUGUCCUCUGAAUAGGACGGGAAUGGUUGAGAGGCACUGUGGGGCCAAAGGCAUCUGGGGACCCAUCAACAGCAGCUGCAUUGAUGUGAGGCUAGCCGCCAUGUUUCACACAGCCCAGCUGUUGUUGGCAGGCCAAGGUCAGCCAAAGAAGAAGGUUCCCCAGCUCAUGGCACAGCUGCGGGAGCAGGUAGCAGCUGUGGGUUCCCCCUCUGACUUAAUAACACUGUUGGAUACUGUGAAGAUCUUGGCCCAGGUGGUGAUCAGGGCCAGGACAGAACUUUCCCGCAAGACCCUGGAGGAUUUUCUGAUGGCCACAAAUGAUCUCUUGGAGUUGGACCCCAAAUCUCUUUGGGCCCCAGCCCAGGCCCAGGUGCCCUCGGUGAGUUCGGCAAUCCUGCAGGCUGUGGAGAGCCUAGGUCGAAGCCUGUGCUCCAGUGACCACCCCUUCUAUCUCACCUUGCCCAAUGUGCAGCUACAGACCCAGCUUCUUGGACCUAUGACCCCAGAGGACUACAGUGUCGCCUUCUCUACUCAUCCCCCUAUCAGGGUAACAAUCCCCCACCAUGCACUGGCUCAACUGGCUUGGGAGACUGGCCAUGUCAGUAUCACCAGUAUGGUAUUGAGGAAAUUGAGCCAUAUCCUACCCAUGAACCAUGGACAAGGGUUAGGGGACUUAGUCUAUGCCACUCCUGACUUGGUUCUCUCCAACUCCAUCAAAGAUGGGAAUCAGACUGUGACCAAGGUGAAGAUCAUCAUGGAUUUUGGGGGUACAAAGGGUACUCCCACUUGUGUCUUCUGGGACCACAACCUCUUCCAGGGUGCAGGUGCCUGGUCGAGGGAGGGCUGUGAGGCUGGAGUGGGUGACACCAGCAGCACCACUAAGUGUGUCUGCUUGCACUUAACCUCCUUUUCCAUCCUUAUGUCUCUCCAUUCUGUCCCAGACAACCCAACUUUGACACUGCUGAGCCAGAUGGGUUUAGGGGCCUCAAUAUUGGCACUGCUAUUAUGCCUGGGAGUAUACAGAAUUGUAUGGAGGACUGUAGUCCGGAAUAAGAUAUCUUACUUUCGACAUGUGGCCUUACUCAAUGUGGUGCUCUGCCUGCUCGCUGCUGACACCUUCUUCCUUGGGACAUUGCUGCUGUCCCUAGGGCCUCCCAGCCCACUGUGCCUCGCUGUCACUUUUCUUUGCCACUUUUUCUACCUAGCUACUUUCUUCUGGAUGCUAGCCCAAGCCCUGGUGCUGGCUCAUCAGCUCCUCUUUGUCUUUCACCACCUGUCUAAACACCAGGUACUGCCCAUCAUGUUCAUCUUGGGCUAUCUGUGCCCGCUGGGGUUUGCUGGGGCAACGUUGGGUCUCUAUCUCCCUCGGGGGCAAUAUAUGCAGGAGGAUGCAUGCUGGUUGGAUGGGAAGGGUGGAGCACUCUAUACUUUUGUGGGGCCAGUGCUAAGCAUUGUAGGGGUGAAUGGGCUGGUGCUGGCCAUGGCUGUGGUGAAACUGCUGAGGCCCUCGUUGUCUGAAGGGCCCCAGAUUGAGAAGCGGCAGGCCCUUCUAGGUGUGAUCAAGGCACUGUUCAUCCUUAUGCCCAUCUUCGGUCUGACUUGGGUGCUGGGCUUGGCCACUUUCAUGGACAGAGGCAACGAGAUCCCUCACUACCUGUUCACAGUUCUUAAUACCUCCCAGGGGAUCUUCAUCCUACUCUUUGGCUGUCUUACAGAUAAGAAGGUACAAGAAGCAUUACUCAAACACUUCUGCUGCAUUCUUCCCGCUGUCUCCACUGUCUCCCUGGCCACAAAUGAUGUGAGCAACUUCGAAUCCAGCAAAUGA